AACACCCCCUUUCCUUCAUUUCGUAAACCCUUUCCCUCAUACCUCUAACAAAAAUUAGGGUUUUACACUCCCCCCACACACAAACAAAAUCAUCAAAUCAAUACACAAACAAAAAAUGAACAGUCUAAUCUUAUUAAGAUCAUCAUCAAGAAAACUAACAACACUUGCUCCUUUAGCCACCACUGCUUCACUCCAACAUUUAUUUACCCCAUCAUCAACACAUCCCCAAAACCAAUCACUCAAAUCUUUGAUUCCAACAAAUGUUGCUCCUUUUUCCAUAAGAAGCUUUCAUGGGUCUAAUUGGGUGAAUUUUAGGGUUUCAGAUGUGUCAAAACAGGCUGCCGGGUUUGCCGUUGCAUCAGUCGAUAACGAUCGGGCGGCUUCCAAUGAUGGUCUUGAGAUCUCCAAGCUUGGAAUUUCUCAAGAUAUUGUUUCUGCUUUAGCCAAAAAAGGGAUUACCAAACUUUUCCCCAUUCAGAGAGCUGUGUUAGAGCCAGCAAUGCAAGGGCGUGACAUGAUUGGCCGAGCAAGGACAGGAACCGGAAAGACUCUUGCUUUUGGUAUCCCUAUCUUGGAUAAGAUCAUUCAAUACAACGAGAAACAUGGAAGAGGGAGAAAUCCACUCGCCAUUGUCAUGGCUCCAACCAGAGAGCUUGCCCGUCAAGUUGAAAAGGAGUUCUACGAGUCUGCACCCAAUCUGGAUACUCUCUGUGUAUACGGUGGUUCACCCAUUCAGCGCCAGAUGAGUACUCUUGAUCGCGGUGUUGAUGUCAUUGUAGGAACUCCCGGACGUGUUAUUGAUCUGCUCAACAGAGGGGCUUUGAAUCUAUCGGAAGUUAAGUUUGCUGUUUUAGACGAAGCAGAUCAGAUGCUCAAUGUUGGUUUUGCGGAUGAUGUUGAGAAAAUCUUGGAGUAUUUGCCAAAACAGCGUCAAACUAUGAUGUUUUCAGCUACUAUGCCAAGCUGGAUUGUCAAGCUUACCCAUAAGUUUCUUAAGUCCCCUUUAACUGUUGAUCUUGUUGGUGAUUCUGACCAAAAAUUGGCUGAUGGGAUUACACUAUAUUCCAUUGCAUCAGAAGUGCGUGAAAGGCCAUCAAUUCUUGGACCGCUGAUAACAGAGCAUGCAAAUGGUGGGAAAUGUAUAGUUUUCACACAAACAAAGCGUGACGCGGAUCGAUUAGCCUUUGCUAUGCAGAAGAGUUUCAGAUGUGAAGCUUUACAUGGUGACAUUUCACAAAAUCAAAGGGAGAGAACUCUUUCAGGCUUCAGAGAUGGCCGCUUUAAUGUUCUUAUUGCCACUGAUGUUGCUGCUCGUGGGCUUGAUGUUCCUAAUGUUGAUCUGGUCAUACAUUAUGAGCUUCCUAAUUCACCUGAAAUUUUCGUUCAUCGGUCUGGACGUACUGGCCGUGCUGGCAAGAAAGGAAGUACAAUACUCAUGUAUUCUUCUCAGGAGAGGAGAGAGGUGAAAAGCUAUGAGAGGGAAGUAGGAUGCAAAUUUAACGAGAUUCCUCCGAUUUCUGUUGAUGCUGCAUCCAGAAUCGAUUUGGGUGGUGGCUUUGGCUCUGGAGGUAGAUUUGGUGAUUCCGGAUUUGGUGGGGGCGGCUUUGGUGGUCGAGGUGGUGGGUUUGGCUCAUCUCGUGGGGGUUUCGGUAGAUCGAGUUAUGGGGGAUCAGGUGGUUUUGGUAGAGGACCUAGCUCUGGACGUUUUGGUGAAGACUCAAGUCGCUCAGGUGGUGGUUUUGGUUCUGAUCGCUCAAGUGGUUUUGGUGGUGGCCGUUCAGGGGGUGGGUUUGGUUCAGACCGUUCAAGUGGUUUUGGUGGAGGCCGCUCAGGUGGAUUUGGUUCAGAUCGGUCGAGUGGAUUUGGCAACCAGCGUUCAGGCUCAGGCAGGUCUAGUGGUAGUGGGUUUGGUAGGUUCGGAGAAGACACAGAUUUCUAAUAUGUAUGCAGGUGAAGGAGGAGGAUGCUCAAGAAGAAUUGCCAAUCUUGAUUUUUUGGGCGUAUCAUAAAAUGGUGGAGAGUAAUAGAAGAUAUUCGUUUUGUGUUUGCAAUAUCAAUCGUCCUCUACUAGAUAGAGGGGGUAUCCCUUGUUUUUGGUUAUUGUCAAGCAUACGAUUCGUAAAAAUGUGGUGGAUUUAUUUAUAUAUCCAGCUUUUUAGUGAGGUUAACAAGAGAGGAACCUGGCUGUAUAUCUUUUCUGGGACUAUCAGGUUGAACAACAAAUAUUUAAUUCAAGCAUUCCUACGAGAUUCUGUAGGUGUAGGUAAUGAGGAUAAUACUUUGAUCCAAAGGGUGGAUCGAUAAUUUUAUGUUUUAUAAAGCUUGUUUGCAAUGCUUGAUAAUGAGAUGAAGCUAAAUAGCUGUAAUAAAAGCUGUUUUGAUAAAUAAAAAAGUAUGAAUCUGUAA